AUCUUGGUAAUAAUAGAUUAGGCGAAAACUCUGGAACACGUUAAUCUCUCUCUCUCUCGGGUCUCUCUCUCUCACCUUAACCCCGGAAGCUGAACAUGUUCACGGCGGCAGCUUCGUCAAGCGCGGGAAGGUGGCGGACGGCGUUUCUCUCCCUCAGGGACGAAAUUUUAACCACUCCACCGCCGCCGCUUCCUCUGUUGCUUCAGGAUCUACUCUUCUCUCAAUCCCAUUCCCUUCUCUCUGCCGUCUCUCACCUCCCACCGCACGAGCUCACUUCUGAUUGCUUGUUCCUGCUCGAUUUGGUUUCAAAAGCUGAUGAUGGUCCUGACUGGAUCCUUGUCUCUCGCCGUACUUGUCAACUGAUUCACGAUGUUUGUGCUCGUGUAAUUUUGCAACUGAAUUCUUCGACAUGGCCGCUCCUUCUUCACUCUUUUGCUCGUGUCGUGGAGUUUCUUCUGCGCCAACCCAUGCCUUCACCCUAUUCCACUGCAUAUUUUUCCAGAAUCGAGCCCGUGAUCCAAUGCUUCGAGACUUUAAGACGUUUGGCCGCUAUGUACCACAGAAAUAGCUCCCAUCCGGAGGAGAACAUUCAUCUAGUCAAGUUUCUCCUGCGCAUAAUUCCAUUAUUACACCAGGAUUUAGUUUUAUCGUAUGGUUUCUCAAAACAAGACCCUCCUCCUACUUUAGAUGUGGAAAAUAAUCUGCCUCAACAUUAUAGCUUAUGGGAAUCCAUGGCUCUUGCCUUUGACAUGUUUGGCAGAGCAUUUUCUGUGUCUGAGUCUUUGUUUUCUACUGACGUCUGCCAAUGCACGCUAGAGGUUCUAAGGAAAGUUAUGGACGUCUUAGCAUCCAAGGGCCAGCUUGUCGAAGACCGGUUUAUGUGGAGGUUUUAUUCAUGCCUUUUAGACUGUGUGCACGAGGUCCUUACCAAUAUAAAAUGUCCUGUUUCUGAUCACGUCUCAAGUUUCAUAGCGGCAUUGAGACUGUUUUUCUGUUUUGGACUUACUGGCCCACCUCAUUCUGAUGUUGUUCAAAAAGAUAAGCAAUUAAAUGUCAAGCUUUCCACAUUGAUUUCUGGAGUAAGUAAGAACGCCAAGAAUACUCCUUAUAGGCCACCCCACUUGCUCAAGAGGGAUGAUUUGAACACUAAGCAGCCAGUGUCCACUAAGCAGCCAGUGUCUUGUGACUGGCGGCGCCUGUCUCUUCAUGAUUCUGGUAAUUCUGAUGUUAUAUCAUCAGAUUCUGAUUUUAGUGACAGUGACGCUUCCGUACGGGAUUCUUGUUGUUCCCAAAGCUCGAAGGUUAGAAUAGCUGCGAUAGUUUGCAUACAGGUGAGUAACAUUAAUGUUCUAUUUUUAGUUGCUCUUGCCAUCAUGAUGGAUGGGCCUUCAUCUAUUUUCCUUCAAGUGGCAGAGUACAAGGAAUCCACCAAAUAUGGAUCGUUUAUGCCCCUCUCCAAUUCCCUUGGUCGAAUAUUAAUGCAACUCCACACAGGCAUUCUACAUUUGAUUCACAGCGAUAAUCAUGGUAGAUUGUUGAUUCAGCUGUUCAAGAUCCUCUUGCUUCUGAUAUCAAGCACACCUUACUCGAGAAUGCCAGGAGAAUUGCUGCCAAAAGUUAUAACGUCUCUGCAUGCUAGGAUCAAUGAAGGGUUUCCUUUUAAAAAUGAUAAAACUGGUCUGCUGGUUGCCGCAAUAGGCUGCCUGACUGCUGCAUUCUCUACCUUUCCUCCUCAAAUGAAAGUACAUAAUAUGCUUUUGGAUGAGACAUCAGCAGGAUCCGAUGAAUGUGAAUGGAAUUUAGGAGUUCUUUCUACCUUAUUUCGUUUUGCUGAGCAAUUUUCUGACGCAUCAACAUGCGUUGAGGCUCUUCAGGUCCUCCGAGCUGUGGCUCUCAGUUACCCAACCUUAGUGCCAGCAUACUGGGAACGGGUCUCUGUCCUCGUCUAUAAACUUUUGAUGUCUGCUGUUGUUGAAGUUUCUCCAACGACAUGGAAUGCUUCAGUUAGAGAGUCUGUUGGAUAUAUUGGGGAUAAAGUCCUUACAGCUGCUAUUAAGGUUUUGGAUGGAUGCCUUCGCGCAAUAUCUGGAUUUAAGGGAACAGAAGAUCUUCAGUACGAUAGAUUAAUGGAUACACCAUUUACAUCUGACUGCAUAAGGUCAAUAAGAAUCUCAUCUGCGCCAUCAUAUGGAUUUGAGAAUGCCCAGGAGCCAAUUUUUCAGGCAGGAUGCGAGCAAUGGUCUGAGGCUAUUCGUAAACAUAUAGUUCUGGUGUUACACCAUGGUUCUUCGGUGGUGAGAAGCACUACAGUUACUUGUUUUGCUGGAAUUACAUCCACCAUAUUUGCCGCUUUCAGUAAGCAGGAAAAGGAUUUUGUUACUUCAUCAAUUAUAGCCGCUGCCUUGCAUGACAAAACACCUUCAGUCAGAUCAGCAGCUUGUCGAGCUAUUGGUGUAAUUUCAUGUUUUCCAGAAACAUCUUUAAGUGCGGAGAUAUAUGAAAAGUUUUUCAUAGCUGUUGAAGCGAAUACCCGCGACUCCUUGACCUCGGUGCGUAUAACAGCAUCAUGGGCUUUGGCCAAUGUAUGCGACUCUCUGCGAUACCGCGUCGAUGAGAGGUCCUUUGAAGGAUUAAGUACAACUUCACAAGUUGUGGACGCACUGAUAGAAUGUGCUUUGCGCCUUACUGAGGAUGGGGACAAGGUUAAAUCCAAUGCAGUUCGGGCACUGGGGAGUAUUUCAAAAUAUGUAAAAUUGAGAUGCAUGACAUGUAUAAAGUCAAUGGACCAAGAUGUAUUACCU